AUGGAUUGGGACAACGUAGCUGCUGAGGAUGUGAUCGAGGCGCUGAGAGAAGUUGAAUGGUCGACACCUCCUCGCUCGUUCGGCGAGUUCUUCUCUAGAUUCGCAUUCCCUCGCUCUUUCUCUAAAUGGAAGAGCCGUCUCAAAUGCAAUCUCUACUACUAUAGGACGAAUUACUUCAUCCUGGUGAUUUUCAUUCUAGGUCUUGCGCUGAUUACAAGACCACUGGCUAUUGUGGGUGCUGCUUUUACAGCCUUAGCAUUAGCUUUCCUUAACGACAGUUUUGCAGCUACUUUUAAUGAGAAGAUUAUAAGGACUAUUAGGCAUUUCUCUCCACACUUGGCUGCAAAAAUGAGGCCUCCCCACAUGCCUGUUAUUCGUGGAAGAUCAGCAUCAAGGAAGACAGUAUACGUCUGCGGGAAACCACGUUGGGUAUUCGUUGUUAUUUUCCUUACAGGCAGUCUUGUCAUGUGGUUUUCUUCCUGCGGUUUCUUGUGGGUCCUCUAUGCACUUCUCACUUCCCUCGUCGUGAUUGUUCUUCACGCAAGCGUGAGAACUCCAAACCUCAAGGCACGGUUGAACACAUUCCGUGAAGAAUUUCGGGCAGUCUGGCGCAACUACAGCGAAAUUUAA